AUGAAGUCUUACACUGUCGCCGCCGCCAUUGCCGGCUUUGCCUCUUCCGUCGCCGCUCACGGCUUCAUCAGCGAGCCUGCUCCUCGUAUGCCCGGCGAGGGCCUCAAGGCUGCUUGCGGUGACCAGGUCUACAACACCCAGUCCUCGGACAACUACGGAAACGUUCAGGGUGCCCUCCAGAACCUCCAGGGCGACCACCCCGACUGCCGCAUGUGGCAAUGCAAGGGUGUUCCGUUCUCUGAUGCUGGCGAGAUCUUCGAGUACACCGCUGGCCAGGUUAUCCCCAUGAAGGUCGAGAUCCGUGCUCCCCACGAUGGUGUUGCCAACGUUUCCAUCGUCAACAUCGCCACUGACAAGGUCAUCGGCGAGCCUCUCAUCAGCUGGGACGAGUACGCCCUGACCUCCUCUCCCUUGUCUCAGCACCCUGACUGGACCUCUUUCGACAUCACCAUGCCCGAUGUCAGCGCCGAGUGCGCCAACAAGGGUGACUGUGUUAUUCAGUGGUUCUGGGACGCUCCCUCAAUCGACCAGACCUACGAGUCUUGCAUUGACUUCACCAUGGGUGGUGGCUCCGGCAGUGGGUCUGCUCCCGCUCCCUCAGCCUCUGCUAAGCCCAGCGCGUCUGCUUCCCCCGUCGCUUCUUCCGCUCCGGCUGCCAGCUCUGCUGCCCCCUCCAGCACCGUCCCUGAGGCCACCCCCACCCCUACUGCCGCUGAGGAGGUCGCUACCCCUGUCGCCACUGGUGGUUCCGGCUCUGGCUCCGACUCCAGCCUCCCUGAGUCUUUCACCAUCGACACCUUCAUCACCUGGCUCCGCGCCAAUGCCGGCACUGGUGUCGCUGACAAGGUCCGCCGCAUGGUAGCUGCCCAGCGCGCUCACCCCCGUGCUUUCCGCGUCUAA